AUGUAUACUGUGGAAUGGCAGAAACGUGGACUUCCUCACAUUCAUAUCCUUCUGUGGUUAGAAGAAAAGCUGAGACCAGAAUCUAUUGAUAAGGUAAUUAGUGCUGAACUGCCUAAUCAAGAUCAAGAUCAAGAACUAUAUGAAAUAAUAAAAACAAAUAUGAUUCACGGUCCAUGUGGUUCUUUUAAUAGAAAUUCUCCCUGUAUGGUGGAUGGUUCAUGCACGAAAAAAUAUCCAAAACAUUUUAUAAAGGAAACCCAAACAGGAGAAGAUGGAUAUCCUAAAGAUCGUCGGCGAUUUCCUGAAGAUGGUGGAGUAACAACAAUAAUAAAUGGAAUUAAUAUAGACAAUCGAUGGGUAGUACCGUAUAACCCUGUCCUGUGUCGUACAUUCAAAGCUCAUAUAAAUGUUGAAGGAUCUGAUCAAGCAGCAUUCACUGUUGGAGAUCUUGAUGAAGUGACAAAGUAUGAAGCAGGACGAUACAUUAGCACUUCUGAGGCAGUUUGGCGAAUACUGAGUUUUCCUAUCCACGAGAGAUUCCCUCCAGUUGUGCAUCUUGCUGUACAUUUAGAAAAUGUUCCAGCUUAUUAUGUCUGGAGAAAACACCAGUUUCACAGAAGAAAACAAGGAAAAAUUGUGCCAGGUUAUUUAGGUAUAAAAAAAGAUCAUGUUUUAGGCAGAGUGUAUACUGUCCAUCCUACCAAUACUGAAUGUUAUUACCUCCGUUUUCUUUUGCAUGAAGUUCGCGGUCCAGAGUCAUUUACGGCUUUAAGAACUAUAAAAGAUGUAAUCUAUCCUACAUUUCAAGAAGCUUGCAGAGUAAUGGGAUUGCUCGAAGACGAUGCUCAUUGA